CUACGAACUAGGGCAUCCGUGCCCCUCCUUAUCACAUGCCCCAAUCAUUUCAGCCUCACUUCCCGCAUUUUGUCCUCCACUGAAGCCACUCCCACCUUCUCCCGGAUAAUCUCAUUCCUCACCUUAUCUCCCCUAGUAAGUCCACAUCCGACGCAACAUUCACAUUUCCGCCACCUUCACUUUUUGAAUGUGAGAGUUCUUGACUGGCCAACACUCUGCUCCAUACAAUAUGACCGGACGAACUGCCACUCUGUAGAAUGUAGAAUUUGCUUUUAAGCUUGGGCGACACCUUCUUAUCACACAACACUCCCGAGGCGAGCCUCCACUUCAUCCAUCCUGUCCCAAUACGGUGGGAGACAUCCUCAUCAAUCUCUCCCUUCCCCUGAAUCAUAAACCCAAGAUAUUUAAAACUAUUCCUCUUACAAACAAUCUGGGAAUCCAACCUCACUACUACCUCGUCCUCCUGCUUCAAGUCAUAAAACUUGCAUUCCAUAUACAGACAAAAACACACAAGACGGAGGAGAGGAAAAGAUGGAAAAAAUGUUUAAGCGUUGAUACCAUGUGAACAAGGGAAAAAAUCUUGAUUUUCUAUAUCUUUGAAAAUGAAGGAGAUCAUCGCCUGAUAAGGAGCCGGGAAAAAUAUAUAUAAUUUUAGAGUACAGCAGAGGAGGUGAUCUUUCAAUGUACAUACAACGACGCCAAGGAAGAAUCGCAGAAGCAACUGCCAAACAUUUCAUGCAGCAGCUAGCUUCAGGUCUAAAGAUCCUUCGCGAAAACAAUCUAAUCCAUAGGGACCUAAAGCCUCAGAAUCUUCUAUUGUCCGCAACUGAUGACAACUCCACCUUGAAGAUUGCUGAUUUUGGGUUUGCAAGGUCUUUGCCGUCUAGGGUGCUUGCAGAAACUCUAUGUGGGUCGCCAUUGUACAUGGCUCCUGAAAUAAUGCAACUCCAAAAAUAUGAUGCAAAGGCAGAUCUCUGGAGUGUUGGUGCUAUUCUGUUCCAGCUAGUAACUGGCAAAACGCCAUUUACUGGAAACAAUCAAAUACAGUUGCUCCAAAACAUAGUGAAGUCCACUAAAUUGCAGUUUCCUUUAGAUGCCAAGAAUUUAAGUCCUCAGUGCAUAGAUUUGUGUCAAAAGUUAUUGCGCUGUAAUCCAGUGGAGCGGUUGACAUUUGAAGAGUUCUUUAACCACCCAUUUCUUGCACAGAAGCAGCCAGAUGAGUUUUGGAAUCAGAGAUCUCAAAGGGUGAUAGAUGGGUUUUCUCUGACAGAGGAACGCAAUCCUGUACGAAGCAUCGAUGAAACUAUUCAAGAAGAUGGCUUACCAUUGCCAGAUGAUGAUUCCAGCAGUCCUGAUUUUGCUGAGAUAUCACAGAGACACGAUGCAAAAGAUUAUAGGAAAGACGUUGCAAGUUUUUCUAACAAAACCGGUCCUCCUUUGAAUUGUAGCAACAUCACACACAAACCAGAUGUUAUUGGUUCUAGUCCUGGCCAACACCGACCUUCAGAAGGCAAGCUGAAGGAAUCUAGUUCAGUGGACCAUAGACUAUGUCCAAGAGUGGCAGAUUCAUUCGAGUUGAUUGAGCGGGAAUAUGUCCUUGUAUCUGGGUCCCUCAUGGACUCAUUUUCUGCAGCAGGUGCUUCUAGUAUUAGCAAUACACCAUUUAGAUCAAGCCGUUCCCUGCAAGCCUCUGGGAACAUAGACCCUAAACUAGGUGAGCCGGUGCUUAUUGUUGGUCCUGCAACUAAUAGCAUAGGUCCUGUAUUAAGGUUGGAAAGUCCCUUUUCUUCUCCAGGAGCUUCACAAGGAUCCACAGAUAUUGUAGACCCUCCGGAGAAGCCAACUGCUGGCAUAACUAGAAUUGAGUCACUGCAACAUUCUGCUUCUGCUAUCACAGAGCUGGUAAAUGAGAAGAUUGCCACAGGCAAGCAUCUGGAAGCAUUUUCAAUUGAGCUUGUCAUACUUGCAAUAUGGAAGCAAGCAUUGCAUAUUUGUCAUAUGCAAGCAGCAUCAGCAAUUGAGGGAAGUCCAAACCAAGAAAUUACCAAAUUGACGGAGAUUUUAAGGGACAUUCGAGUUAGUCCCAAAAUUAAAGAGGACACUUACAACACGUUGGGGCUAGAAAAUGUGUUAUCUCAUAUUCAAAGAGCAUUUCUGAAUGAAGUUGGGAAGGGAGAGGAAAUUGCCAAACAUAUAGAGCCUGGAAAUGCAGAGGUGCCAGAUGCAAUGGAGAUGAUAUUCCAAUCUGCACUAGAACUCGGCAGAAAGGGGGCCGUUGACGAGUACAUGGGUCGGACUAAAACUGCAGUUGUGUUAUAUUCAAAAGCAGUGCGCCUGUUAGCCUUUCUUCUAGUGGAAGCAACAUCUCUCAUUGUAAAUCCUCCAUUCGUACUGACAAACACUGAUUGCUGUCGGCUUGGAAAUUACAUUGAUGUUCUCAAAAAAAGGCAAAGUGUUUCAAUGUCUCAGAUCAUGACUCUGCUCAAGUGUGAGGAUCGCCCAGAUCCCCGUGAAGACGUUAAAAACAGAAGUGAAGAGAAAUCUGUUAAUAUGUAAUGACGAUGUAACAUAGGAAACAUAUCACUACUUGUAAAGUUCUUUAUAUGUACAGUUUAUGACAAGUUAACAUAUCACAACUUACUAUGUAAAGUUCUUUAUAUGUACAGUUAUUUUUUUACUAAUUUUAAAAGCAAGUGAAAAGUUCUUUUA